AUGGAGCUCCUGAGCGGCCCGGCGCUGGCGUGGCAGCAGUACCGCUCGCUGCUCCGCAAGAACGCGGCGCUCGCCUGGCGCCACCGGCGCUCGUCGGCGCUGCAGCUGCUCUCCUCCCUCCUCUUCAUCUUCCUCAUCUUCUGCAUCGACCGCGCCGUCCGCUCCCGCUUCUCCUACACCACCGCCUACCAGAACGUGCGCGACCCCAAGGCGCUCGUCGCGCCGCCCAUCCCGCCCUGCGAGGACAAGUUCUUCGUCAAGACCCCCUGCUACGACUUCCUCUGGAGCGGCGGCACAAGCGCCCGCGUGCCCGCGCUCGUCGACGCCAUCCGCAGGAACAACCCCGGCCGCCCGAUCCCCGCCGAGAAGGUCUUAGGUUUUACGACUCCGGAUGAAGUUGAUGCUUGGCUAUUUGCAAACCCGAUGCGCUGCCCUGGCGCUUUGCAUUUUCAAGAUAUAAAUGCCACCCAGAUGUCGUAUGGUAUUCAGACAAACUCCACUCCAGUAGCUCGAAGAGGAACGUAUGAGGACCCCACCUUCAAGUUCCAGAUACCGCUUCAAGUUGCAGCUGAGAGAGAAAUGGCAAGGUUGAUUCUUGGAGAUCCCAAUUUUAGCUGGACUGUGGGAUUCAAGGAAUUUGCUCACCCAGCAACUGAAACCUUCUCUACGAUUGCCCAAGCAGGGCCAACUUUCUUCCUUGCCAUUGCAAUGUUUGGAUUUGUUUUCCAAAUCAGUGCCUUGGUUACAGAGAAAGAACUUAAGCUUCGUCAGGCUAUGUCUAUCAUGGGGCUCUAUGAAUCGGCUUAUUGGUUAUCAUGGCUUACCUGGGAGGCCUUGCUUACAUUAAUUUCAGCACUUUUCACGGUGCUCUUUGGGAUGAUGUUCCAGUUUGACUUCUUCCUGAACAAUAGCUUUGGAAUCUUAUUCAUCCUAUUCUUCCUCUUCCAACUGAACAUGCUUGGUUUUGCUUUCAUGAUAUCCACAUUUGUGGCAAAAGCAGCAUCAGCUACUACGGUUGGAUUUGCAAUAUUCAUCAUUGGGUUCUUGACACAGCUUGUUACAACCUUCGGGUUCCCAUAUUCAAAUACCUAUGAGGCGUACUACCGGACAAUAUGGUCCUUCUUUCCUCCUAAUGUUUUUGCCCAAGCCCUCAAUAUUCUAGGUAAGGCAACAGCAACUCCAGAAGACAAAGGUAUUAGCUGGAAUCAGCGUAAAACGUGCCAAUCCUUUGAGACGGACUGCGUCAUUACAGUAGAUGACAUCUACAUAUGGCUCAUCUCCACAUUUUUCUUGUGGUUUAUCCUGGCGAUCUACUUCGACAACAUAAUUCCAAAUGUCAAUGGUGUUAGAAAGUCAGUGUUUUACUUUCUGACGCCUUCAUACUGGACAGGGAAAGGAGGCAAGAUGAGAGAGGGAGGCCUUUGUAGCUGUUUUGGUUCGAACCGGCCGGCUGAUGAUGCUAGCCCUACUGAUGAGGAUGUUCUUACUGAGGAAAAUCUAGUAAAAGAACAAGCUGCAGGCAAUGAGGUAGAUCCUGGUGUUGCGGUUCAAAUACGUGGCUUGCGGAAAACAUAUCCAGGAAGUUUUAAUAUGGGUUGCUGCAAGUGCAGAACAACUAAGCCGUUCCAUUCUGUCAAAGGCUUAUGGGUGAACCUUGAGAAGGACCAGCUAUUUUGUCUUCUUGGCCCAAAUGGAGCUGGUAAAACAACUACAAUCAGUUGCCUGACUGGUAUCACACCAAUUACUGGCGGCGAUGCUUUGAUUUAUGGUCAUUCCGUUCGAAGCACUGCGGGCAUGUCUAAUAUUCGCAGAAUGAUUGGAGUCUGUCCGCAGUUUGACAUCCUCUGGGAUGCAUUGACGGCUAAGGAGCACAUGGAGUUGUUUGCCAGCAUCAAGGGGUUGCCAUCAUCAACAAUCAAGUCGGUAGCAGAACAGUCACUAGCCCAAGUGAAGCUCAGCCAGGCAGCUAAUGUUAGAGCAGGUAGCUACAGUGGUGGAAUGAAACGGCGGUUAAGUGUUGCGAUUGCUCUAAUUGGUGACCCAAAAUUGGUGUUUCUUGAUGAGCCGACAACUGGCAUGGAUCCAAUAACAAGGAGGCAUGUCUGGGACAUCAUCGAGGAGGCAAAGAAGGGAAGAGCUAUUGUAUUGACCACACAUUCAAUGGAAGAAGCUGACAUCUUAAGUGACCGAAUCGCUAUCAUGGCAAAGGGGAGAUUGCGGUGUAUCGGCACUUCGAUAAGGCUGAAGUCGAAAUUUGGAACUGGGUAUAUCGCUAAUGUGAAUUUCUCGGGGAAUGGUCACACACAGAGCCCUAACAUCAAUGGUGAUGCAGAGGCCCCAGUUAAUCCUAACAUAGAAUCUGUCAAAUCAUUCUUCAAGGAAAGGCUUGAUGUGGACCCGAAAGAGGAAAGCAGGACAUUCUUAACGUUUGUCAUCCCCCAUGAGAAAGAACCACUUCUGACGAGGUUCUUCGGGGAACUCCAAGACAGGGAAAGGGAAUUCGGGAUAUCAGACAUUCAGCUUGGUCUUACGACACUUGAAGAAGUCUUCCUGAACAUUGCAAAGCAAGCUGAGUUGGAGAGCUCUACCGCCGAAGGGACACUAGUGACUCUUAACCUGUCAUCCGGAGCAUCAAUUCAGGUGGAUCGAUUGCUUCGCGAAACAAAAGCAAAGGCUCGUCAUGCCAACAAGGUUUGGUUGCUCACGGAUCAGUUGCUUCGCCGGGACAUCUGGUGUCAUAUACAUUCCCUAAUGCCACUCCGAGAUGCCGCCCGGGCUGCUUGUGUGUCUCGUGCCUUCAAAUUCUCCUGGAGAUGCUAUCCCAAGCUCACUUUCAGUGAAGAAACAUUGGGUUUGGAUGGACAUGUGAAUCGAAACGCUGAUGCAAGAGCUUUUACUACCAAAGUUGACCAUAUUCUUGAGAAGCACUCAGGCGUUGGCAUAAAGACACUGGAGCUUCUAGGAGCUCUAGAUUACAAUGCCAAAGACCGUUGGUAUCUUGACAAAUGGCUUCAAAUGGCAAUUACACCAGUACUUGAGGAACUCUGGCUCUAUUUAUCUUCAGUAAAUAACAAGCUCAACUACCUGGAGGUGUUAUAUUGCAAGAACCUGCGAAUCAUAGAGAACAAAGCUCCAAAUCUCACCCAUUUUACAUUAGUGGAAUGUAAAUCCCUGCAGGUACAACUGUCACAUCUAGCAUCAUCUCAAAUGAAGAGUGUAUGCAUGGAUUGUCCUGGCGUUAUUGGUUAUAUUCGUGCUAAGCUUGCAUCAAGCAUGCCAAACCUUCAAUCCCUUCUCAUAUAUUCAUCCGAGGUAUGGGAACCACGCAUGGAGCAUGUCUCAGCUUCCACGGAUCUCUCGGAGCCAAGGGAGAUGCCUGGACACAACCAUGGCAAGCUCAAGAACGUGAGGAUCGACGGCUUCUAUUCCACGAAGAGCUUGAUUGAGCUGGCAUGCCAUAUCGUUCACAUCGCAACCUCGCUCGAGUCGCUUAUAUUGGACACCCGAGAUAGGCCAAGGGAAAUCUUCUACUUUGGUACGCGAAGGGAAAAUAUUCUUAAAUCCCGUAGAGCACUUGUGGCUAUCCAAACUUACAUCAGGCCGAAGGUUCCAUCCACAGUUCAGUUUCUUGUUCUGGAGCCUUGUAACUGA